UUAGUGUGUGUUUUCGGCCGUGGUAGUUGUGUAGGCGAACGGGGCAGUAGCAGCCUAAGGGCAAAAGAUAUAGGAUCGGUCGGGUGUAAAGAAGCAGCGAAAGCGAAGGAAUUUUCAGAACUUCGACAAUUUUCCUCUCGAACGGUGCAUAUUCUUUCUUCGAGUGAUAGCGUGCGCGUCGCCGUCGUCCCCGCGGUGCAAGGACAACUGCUUGUUAAUCAAACUGGUGGCCCAAAAAGUUGGUACUGCGAAAAGUUAACACGAAUUAAGGAGAGGGAAAAAAACGCAUUUACCCCCUCAUUGAUGGGAGCAGCAGUACGGGAAGAUAUCUGGAUAUUAUCAGGCUUAUUUGGGGGCAAAACAAAAAGAAAAACAUUACAAAAGUUGUGUUUCGUGCAUCGUGGAAAACACCGUCACUACACUACACGAGUUAAGAGCAAAGCAUAAUUUCUGUCGGAAUACAGAAAUUCUGAUUACUGCAGUAAAAUCGUCUUCCCUACAGUGUUUUUUUUUGUGUAUGUGUGUGUUGGCUACAUGCAGGUGACAGCUUAGAGCAGCGAGCAUAUAGGGAGGAAGGCAUUCAGAUUCGAUAGGCCUGGCUAAUGUGAUAUGCAUUGUGUCGCGACGAAAGAAUUGCAUUCACAUUACACGAAACGUUAUCAAUUCCUUACACUAUUGCGCCAACGACCAAUUUUCGUGCCCAUUUGCUUGUGAGUCGCUUGGUGAAAAUAUUUUAUUUUUGUUCCGAUCCGAUCGAAAGCAAUUGGCACGGAAAAGCAGCAUCAUUAGUAGGCCUCGGAAAAGUCCGCUCUGUGACACAUACGCUCGGUGGAAAAACGUUGCCCGUGUGAGCGAGUGUGUGUGUGUGUGCUUCGUCUCGCAGAGGAAAGCAAGAAAAUCCCACUUCUCACAGAUAGACCAGCAGAGUAAUCGGAAAGAACAUCAUCGAAGCAAACCGUGGUGCGUUUAGCAAAAAAAAAAGGAAAGCUCUUUACCCCAACGUCGACGAUUAGUGCAUACACAACAGUGUAGAAGAACAGUGAAAAGUAUCUUCUCGCGCCCCAACAUCACUUACGGUUCGAUUUUCUUAGUGUGGUGUUUUCGUUUUCGUUCUUUCUUUGCUUGCCCGUGCGUUGUGUAUCCACCGUUCCCUUUAGUAGUGAGGCAGAUAGGCAGUGUGUUGUCUCGUUAUCAGUAUACGUUGAAGCAUACACAGGCAAAAACCUGCACGUCGGAAGGCCUAUUUGCUAGAGAGCGACUUACCUCAUCCUCGUUGUGUGCUGCAGCAGCAAUCAGCAACAUCGUCAUCGUCGUUCGUCCUGUGCACUUGCACACACAAGUGUGUUGGCAGGAAGAAGCAAGAAGGUGGUACGUGCGGAAGUGUGCGGAAGAACGUGGCAGAGUGGCAAACAAAAAAAACAUCAUCUGAAUAAGGGGAAACACGUAGCCUGUUGUGUGGCGGAUACGAGGACAACGUGCGCAGCCACGGCGAGGAAAAUGUACAGUAAAAUGAAUGGAUAUCCUUCGUCAUCCUUUCGAUCAAGCAGUGGUCGGCUUUGGGGAAUGUCACACUCGCUACCCUCCGGAAUGUCAAACUACCUGCAGGAUGCCGACUUUUCGUCGUAUUCGCGUCCCCGGAUGUACGGCGAUAUGCCAUCGAGCAGUACGUUCGGCGGUGGUAAUCCGUCGACACCGCACCACCAUCACCACCACAACCAUCAUAGCCAGCCGUCGCAUCAUCACACGUCAUCGUCCAGCACGAGCUCGCUGACCGGUGUGAACUUUGGUCCUGGAUCGUCCGGCAAUGCCGGCACAAACCUGAUCGUCAACUAUCUGCCGCAGGACAUGACGGAGCGGGAAAUGUACUCGAUGUUCUCGUCGAUAGGCCCACUCGAAAGCUGUCGGCUGAUGAGAGAUCUAAAGCAGACUGGGUACAGCUACGGCUUCGGUUUCGUCAACUACCUAAACGAGGACGCAGCACAACGGGCGAUCAAGUGUCUGAACGGGUAUCCGCUGCGCAACAAACGUCUAAAGGUGUCGUACGCACGGCCCCAGAGCGACGACAUCAAGGAAACGAACCUGUACAUAACGAAUCUGCCCCGUACGAUCACCGAGGAGCAGCUGGACAUCAUUUUCGGCAAGUACGGUACGAUCGUACAGAAGAACAUUUUGCGCGACAAGCUGACGGGUCAGCCACGUGGUGUGGCUUUCGUACGGUUCAACAAGCGCGAGGAAGCACAGGAAGCAAUAUCGGCCCUCAAUAACGUGAUCCCGCAGGGUGGUAAUCAACCACUGAUAGUACGGGUCGCCGAAGACCAUGGGCGAGCCAAGGCGGCACUCUAUGUACCCUCGUACAACUCUAUCGUGCACAACAAUAGAGCACUGCUUCCCCGUCAGAACUCGAUGAAGUAUAGUGAUCGUACGAGUGGGCUGCUACGAUCGCACCAUUCGUUAAUAUUUUACUAAGUUUUCGAUCGCGAUCGUCCAGACGGAUUUAGCAUACGGAACGAAGGAUACCGUGGAACAGUUUGCGAGGAAUUUAAGUUUGUGAUGUACUUUCUACCAGCAUCGAGCAAAAAUCGUUUCUUUUUAAUGCAUUUUAGGGAGCGUCGAUGGUUGACUAAUUCGCUGCCGGCGGACUGAACGCAAAAAAAGGUUGUAAAGCUAAGCGAAACAUGCAAAAGUGCUAAGCUUCAAACUACUCAUCGGUCAUUCCGUAGGAAAUGAAUGUUAAGCAAUUAAAGUCGUGAAGAAGAGUGAAAAAACGCAGCUGUGAGAAGAAGCUAAAAUUACGGAAAUGGAUCAACAUCGAGUGAAGCGUGAAAUCGAACAGAUUUUAUACACACAAAUACCCGUGUUCAAUCGAAACAGCAUAAUGAUUCUUCCUAUUUUGGCUAACCUUCCGUAGAAAUAAUGGCAAUUGUAGGUGAAAAGGUUGAUUUCUGCGUGCUACUUACAAUAUUCCAUUUCUUGUUUCUUUCCGUUAUUUUUGUUGGGUUACUGAUAACACCAACCAACUUUUAGCAACUCGACCACGAAGCUAGUAAAGAGUGAACAGUAUAGUUAGAACAAGUAAAAGUGGUUGUUUUAGAAAGAAGAAAAAAAAAAGAUUUUUGAGAAAAAAAUCCUCACAAACGCUAGCAAAACAAACCGCUGUAGCAAGCCGUUUUUUCCCUCAUCGAAAGCAUUAAAAUCUCUAUAUUAAAAAAAAAGAAAGAAACGGAACUAAAAACAAAAAAAAUCAAGCCAUAAUUACGAAUGAAACAGGGUUCUACUAAUACUCAUUAUAGUGUGACAAUGUCAACCUGUAGAGAUCACCGAUCGCCGGUUUAGAGGUUCAUCAACUGUUAGACAUUUUCUAAACGCACUAUUUUAAUUGUACAGUUUGCAAAAUUCAACCAAUGACUAAAACUUGUGCUGCUCACUAGCCACAUCUUACUAUCGGCGCGGUUUAUUAACAAAAAAAAAUACUACAACUACAACUUUUCGAACGAAGCUGUACAACUGGACUGAAAGCCUUCGGCACCUUCAAUACAUGCAUAAUUCCUUGAUGUUUUAAUGGGGUGUUUCAUACUAGAGCUGGUUCAGUGGCUACGGUGUUUGCGUUUGGCAUAGAAUCGCUUCCUGCGUUUGAAAAAAAUCCCUUUCAGCUGAACACUUAAGAAACAUAAUCUGCCAAGCUAUAAGUCAAACAAAAAUAAAAUCGAAAUAGGAGAUCUGUUCUGUUAGCCAACAAAAAAAAUCACUCCACAACAAGUGUAUAUAUAAAGGACGCAAUUAACAUGCGUCACACGUGCAAAGGAAAGAGCCUAACUAACAUGAAAAAAUUUUGAGCCUACAGAUGAAAACGGUGAUUGUGCUUAGUUAUGAACUAAUGCGGGAAUUGAAGCGAAAAGGAAAAGACUUUUCCGGCUCUUAUGGUGACAAGCAAACAAUUGCCAUAAUCGGCAGUAAGCAAUUUCCUUUUAAUUCCCAUCUUUCUCGACUUUGGCUGCAUCAUAAUUGUGUUUAGAUUUUUAUUUUUCUCCAUGCGUGUUAAAACAUUACACCCAUGCAAGAACACAGCAAGAAGAUCAAAUUAUAGAGAAUCAUUCUAGGAAAUAAAUGCAAAAAAACCAAAACGUGAUACAACUGAGCGUGACAUUAAGAUUUAAACAGCAAAUAGUUGAACGAAACGCAAAAAUGUACGUAUUAUAGGGUGAUAGGAAAGGAAAAGCCAUACGAAUCGAUGCAAGUGUGUUGUACAGUGUGUAAAAGAAACAAACAAACAAACAAAAAAAAUGCAAAACCAUACCCAACCACCAGUAAGUAGCUCCUUAUUCGGCGACAUUCGUCCUUUGUAUUUUUCCAAGCAAAACUCUGCGAUCCCCCGGUGCCAGUUGCACCAGUUGAUAAUCCUUCUCUAUCCAUACCUCAUUAAGAAGUUACACAAAAGCAAACCAAAACAAAAAAAAGAAGCUAAACACAGCAAGCAUUACGACUAGCGAAAUCAGUGCGCGAAACGAGUUCCGAUACUAUUACGCUAAAUUUAAUAUAAAAAAAAUCAAACUCUUCCUCCUGAAUACGAAGCAACAAAAAAAAAAACCGAGAUAGAAUUCCGAUUUCAAUCAAAACGCCAUAAAUUAUGACAUUCACCUCUUUACAGUACGAUACACAUCCGAUUUUUCCGGGCUUUAGAUUAGCAUAUUUGAUCUUCCAUAGUGAUUAAAGGAUGAUUGCGCUCUUGGCCGCAUUAUGUUUUCCGCAAACAGUGCAAUAAACGAAUACGCAUACGCAAAGGAAGGUAUCAGGGUUACGAGAAGAGAAUUCGUUGAAAGACGUGAAAGUGUAUUAAACCUUUGGCUCAUUUUUUCCUUUUUUUUGGGAAUUAAUUUUAGCUUGCAAAAACUUUACUUUACUAGUAAAACACUUGCUAAAGUUUUACGUUUGCUAAUAGUAUGAUAAGAAAAUGAAGUGUUCUGUUCUGUUUUAUGCUGUUGUAAGAAAAAUAAGUUAUAAAAAAAGAACAAGAAAAGAAAAGAACAAAAGGAAAAAAAGAAUACAAAAGAACCUAGCGUUGGAAGAAGCGAAUGUUGUUACUAUAAAAGGAAGUAAUUCAAGAAGAAGAAAAAAAAGUGGCGGAUACUGUUUACAUGUUAUGGCACCAGGAAACUAAGUAGUACGAGAUAGCUUGAAAAGACGAAAAAAAAAAACAUUUACGUGUCUUAUAUAUUGAACCAAUGGCAUAUAUACAUAUAAAAUAUAUAUAUAUACAACAAACAAAAAUAUAUAUACAUUCUGUUUGUUCUCCUAUUCUACGAAACCUAAUGUUUAAAAAAACGAAAACAAAUAAUAACGACAAAAAAGAGAGAGUAAAAAGAACGAACCAUAGCAUAGAGACGACGAACCUGCAUUACACAAGGCAGACAAGAGAGAGAGAGAGAGAGACGAGAAUUGCAAUAUAUAUAGAUUCUGUACCGUAGUGCAAUUGUUGUGUGUGUGUGAUUGUGUGUGAUUGUGUGAGCGUUUGUAUAUAAAUAUAUAUACUUAUGCAGGAUGAUUAAAAAGAAUCCUUUAUCUUGUCCUUCAGUUCCAUUCAGCUGAAAAUGUGUUCCAAGGGAAUGUCUUCGUUGUACGAAAUCUGCCGAUUUGCUGAUGAUAAAUGUACAGGAAAUCUAAUUAAUUUGUCAAUUAACAAUAGUUGAGUGCGAUAGAACCACUUGCCAGUAGUGAUUGUAAAGCAAAUACUACUGUUUACACUUAAAUGUAUUGUAUCCAUUUUUUUGCUUGUCUGUUGAAAAAAGAGCCAAAAAAAAAGCGAAGCCAAGUGCUUUAAAUGGUGGAAAAACAAAAUGAAUGAACUGCUACUGUUUGUGUUGGGAAAGUAUGUAUAGAAUUAUAAGCUUCUUAAAUUUAAUUUUCACAAUUUACAGUCCCUUCCAGCUUAGCUCUGAUUUGUGUUAAUUACGGGUUAAAUUAAGCAAACUAUCGUCACAAAUUUAAUCGCAGUGUGUUGUAGUAUGCAUGGUGUGUGAUAUGGGUGUGUUCAAGUGAGGUUUGAGUUGUUUUAUUCACUCGAAUAGCAGAACGUCGUGUAAAACACGAAAAAUAAAUAAAAAAAAAAACAAACCAAAAAUAAAAUAAAAACAAAUAAUGCGAAAACAUUAUCCAAAAAAAAAAACAAAACAAAACAGAAAAGAAUUGAAAAAACGAAACAUAAGAUCUAGUUAUUAGCUGUGAUUUUUUGGUUGUGUCAACCAGAGCAAUGUAUGCAAACUAUAAAGAAAGUCGUACUAGUUUCGAUUAAAGUGGGUUCGGCAGAGAAGCAAGAAGAAAAAAAACACUGUGUAUAAAAAUGAAAUAAUUCAUUGACCGAACACAAUAUGAAAGCGGUAGGGAAACACGCGUAUAUUGUUGGACAGUUACGAAACUUAGUACUUAGGAAAAGAAAAAAGGAAAAUCCGUAGAAACAAACUAAAAAAAAACCACAACGUGUAAGAACCACUCAUAUAGUAACAGAAAUGCGUAAACUUGUAGUUGAAACUAGUGAAUCCGAAAUAUGGCCACAUGUCGUAUGAUCGUCGUUGAAGCAAAAAUAACAGAACAAACCCCCAAAAAAAAAGGCACGUUACAAUAAGAAGGAAUUUCAAGGAAAUUAUGUAAUUCUGCCCCCAUUAAGAGGUAGAAAGAAAGAGAUAAAAAGAAGCUCGAAGAGAUAUAGUUGCUUCCAGAAAAAAGGAGAAGAAACGAAACAAA